UAGGCAAAAUCGUCGACAAUCCCCAGGUCAGGCUGCUGGAAGUCACACAGCUAGUCUUACGUCCUUGGUCACCUUUGGUCGGUAGUCCCCUAGGUCCUAGCUUCCGGCAGCCAUUACCUUCUCUGGCUAAUUUCACCAUAGUUGCGAUCACUUUUAUGGGGUAGUUGAAACAGUUCAGAAUCCGAUCUGACAUCUCGUCGGACAGUCUACUAGUCUACCACGUAUUGCGAUCAGCAAUGGAGACAGACGACUCGAUUCUAGGAAGCGUCAGUCUGAACACGCUCUCAGCUUUUGAUAAAGCGAACCAGAACUUUCUGGGGAAAUUUGACUUUGCGAUAACCCCGUUGCGACCUCAGAAGCGAGUUUUAAACGCCGCUGCUGGUGGAGGCGACAUUCUGAGCAGCGUGCAGCCAGAAAUCUCCGGUCCCGGUAAUCUGAAUCACUCCUCGAGUUUUAACUUCAACCUAGUGGAGAACAAUGAGAAUAACGUCAAGAUUCCAGUUUCAGUUAACGUCAGCGCCACGCCUAAGUUCGGUCCGACACCGACGCCUGCAAUGAGAAAGAGCCGACGGAGCGUCGCGCGACAGAGCCUGCCAUGGAACAACGCCUUCCUGGAAGACGAAGGGCUUUUGAAUGACGACGAGUUGCACGGCGAAUUUAUCGACGACGGAUUUAUCAUGGAGCGAAUGACCGACUUGGACUGGCCCGAAGACCCCGAGUGUGCCACGUCUAAGAAAGCCUCCCCGAGGUACCCUCCAAGCGGCUCUGAAUCCGCUCCUAUCGACUCUGAGUCCGUGCCAGCCGACUCUGAAAGCGCUCCAAGCGCAGCUGAGUCCGCUCCAAGCGGCUCAGAAUCCGCUCCAUGUGGCUCAGAACCCGCUCCAUCUGUCUCUGAAUUCGCUCCAAGCGGCUCUAGACCUGCUAAGAUUCUUGAGCCGAAAUCCGCCCUGAAGGAUCGUCGCGUCAGCGUUGCCUGGAACGAGGCAUUUUUCAACAAGAAUGCAGAGUCUCUUCUGGACCUCGAUGACGAUGAUGACGACCUCGCGCCACAGCAGCAACCCCCGCCGGCUCUACCAGAUCUCCCUCCGGUCGACCUGUCCUUCCUCCCCAUGUAUUCCGCCGGCAUUUCUUCCAACAACACAACUGCAAAGAAACCCGCCACUCAGUCGUCGCAUGAUCAUGCUCUUGAGCCGAAGGAUGCACCGGACGCAGCGUGCAGUGCACCACGUGCUGCUGCCGACCACCAGAGGAUGACGAGCGAGCAGAAAAUAGCGGCCAUCGUAGAGAAGAGCAACAUUGUGGAGGCCCCGAAGAGUGCGACAAAGGGAGGGUCAGAGCAGGGCCAGGGAAGUACGCGACUCAAACUGCCCGGCGCAGCACCUCGGUUUCCAUCGUCGAAUGCGAGGACGGCGAAGGGAGCAGGGAUGUCCCCCGCUCCAGGCGCAAAGACACCCGCGAGUUCGAGCAGGACCCCCAGGUCAGCGGCAACGACGACAGCCCCAAGCACAAGCAGGCAGCACAGUGUGGGCGUGAGCACUUCUAGGCUCGCAAAGCAAGGUGCCGGCGGUGUCGGUUCGUCCAGCCUGUCGAAGCAGGGUGGUAGUACCGUCUCGCACGUGACACGGACUGCAGAGCGGAGCAAGAGGCCGACGGCAGGGUCCGGUAGCUCCUGCCACUCCCGUCAGGCAGCCUCGUCAGGGCUUUCGAGCAAGGGAGGCGGGGGUGCCUCGUCAAUACUCCCUGCCUCGUGCGCGGCACGGGUGGAUUUGAACAGCCGCUUCGAAUCGUCUACAGGCGCGGAGGAAUCGGAAUCGAACGACGCUGGGCUAUCGGUGCGUCCUGAAGAAUCGCUCGAUGCUGGGUCGACCCGGUCGAGCGCCAGCUUUGAAAACUGUGGGGAGGGGGACGUGAUCGGGGCGGUCGACGAUUGCGGUACACAGUUGGCAAUGGCGAUGGCGACGGCUGAGCACGCAGCGAAAGCCGAGAAUGCAGCCACAGCCGAGUAUGCAGCCACAGCUGAGGAUGCAGCGCCCGCGGAAUCUCACUCCGGGCCGGUGGACUUAGCUGUUUUGAGCGCUGAGAAUCCGACGGUAAAUCUUCGCGUGUCCGCGUCGUCGGGGCUGGAGAAUGUGGCCAAGUCUGCGGACGCUCCUGUCGGCGCCCUGCGCGGUAUGGUGGGUCGCGGAUCCAAGGCCAUGCGCGCGUGUGCGCCGUCCCCGAUGAAGCCUGCCGUCCCGCGGGAGCCGUUGCCGUCGCAGCUGACCGCCGCUCCGCGAGGCUCGUCUGGGAGUGUGAGCAGCGCGCGGAGCUCGAGUGACUCUAAGCAGCAGCAGCUGCACGAUUGGCAGCAGCAGCGGCAGCAGCAGAGGCAGGCUCAAGUGGCCAGUUCUCGGCCUUCGGGCAGCGAGACUACAGGAGGAGGGGCCCCCAGGGCACCUGUACGAGCGGGUGUGAACAUCGGAGGGAGGCCUGCUCCGGGAGCAGUGGGGGCGAGAGCAGGGGUGCCGAAGUCGACGAGCCACAGCACGAGUCUCGUUCCCGCUGGCCGCUCGCAUGGGCAUGUGGCUGCGUCGUCUGGCGUGGGGGGAUCUGGGCUGGCCAUGCUGCGGACGUCGUCUACCCGCUCCACUGGCACCUCUGCUGAUGCAGAGAAGCGUGUUGGCGCGGUGGGGAUAGGGAGUGGCGGGAAUCACGGCGGGAAUCGCGUCGCAGCAGCUGCGGGGUUUACGUUCUCCGCCGCUGCGACUUCUGUAACUGCGAAAAUGGCCGCUGCUGUUGCUCGCACUGCUCUUUCUGCGAAACCGCGGACGCUGAUCAAGGAUGUGAAAGCUGCUGCCACGGAGGGAGCGUCGGGAGCCUCUGGUGCUCCACGGGCGAGUACUGCCAGUAGCAGCGGAGGGGGUGGGGGUGGGGGUGGUCUGUUCGGCCUCAAGUUUGCCGCUGGAAAGGCGGAUGAUGGCGCUGCUGCCAAGAAAGGGGCUCCCGCUGCUACGGCCCGGAGGGUCAGCGGCGUGGGAGCGAGAAAGGCACGGUUUGGGUUUGGCCUUGGCGGAAAGGCCGCACCGGCUUCCAAGGAGAAAGAGGAGGAGGCGAAGGUCGCUCGCAGCAGUCAGGUCGCAGCAGCAGGCAUGGGGCAAGGGGGAGCGAAGCGGGUGGCAGCAGACAGCAAAGUGGCGAGCGGGAAGCAGAUGGUGGCGAGCAAGGGCAGUGCUCUUGCCAAGGAAAAGGUGGCGCCUGCGUCCACGUCCCCUCUUGCUGCGGCGCUGAGAGUGGCCGCCAACCACUCGAAGCUGCUGGGACUCAGCUCCAAAAUUCCGGUGCCCAAAGCUACUGGCCGGUUUGGGUUUGGCGGGAGUGGUGCUUCAGGGGCGAAGGCUGGAGUCGGUAAGCUGAGUGAGAAGCCGGCAGGGAAGGCGGCGCAAGGUUCUGGUCCGGGUGCUAAGAUGGAGGCGACGCAGGGGCGAGCUGGUCCGCACAAGACGCAGCAGGCCCACGCAGGACCUUCCCAGGCCAAAGCCGAGGCUGUCACCCCUCGGGCGAGUCGAGAGAGCGACCCAUCACAGAAGAGAAACACCCCUAUCAGCUCGCGCACGAGCAGCAGCUCGCAGAAGCCCUCCCCGCGGGUGGAGAAGAAGGCGGGCAGUGGCAGCCCGUGGAUCCCGGGAGGCGUGGCGCAACCCUCCGCCGUUGCCACGGCAGACGCUGCGUUCUCGGCCAUGUCCACCCCUAGGAGCAGCGACGCCGGGCAGCAGCUCAGCAGGGAGAGGGAGGGGCAGCACCAGGGGCAGCACCAGGCCGACAAGGACGGACAGGCGGAGCAGCAGGGGCAGGAUGCGCAGCAGGGGGCGGUGGUGAUGGCUGCGUUUGCAAUGCUGGAUAUGCAUGAAGGGCGUGAGCGUGAGGAGAAGGCAGGCAGUGAUGUGAACGCUGGUGGCAAGGUGGUGAGUGGGUUUGGCGGGGUGCCCAGCGGUGGAGAGGGUGAGGAGCAUGGGGCGGAUGAGGGGCACAAGACGCCUGGGACCAAGAGUGGGGGCGAGUGCGAGAAGGGAAGGAAGGGACUGUCGUUCAAGGCGAUUGGGGCAUUCGUUGCUGGAGGGAGCCCUUGGAAGAAAUCAGCGAGGAAGGUGGCAGCAGAGAGGGAGAGAGAGGAGAAGGCGAACUGCUUGAGGGAAGAGGAGAAGGAGGCGAUGAAGGAGAAGGAGAGUGACGCGUCAGUGCUGUGCACUCCACAGAAGUCGCCAGGGAAGGCUGGAGGGGUGGAUGAGGGCGAGAGGGGUGCGUGGGCGAGCACUGAGAAGGUGGGGGAGUGGGUGGGCGAGGUGCUGGAGACAGCAGGGACGCCAGACGGCUGUGAGCAAGAUGGACGCAAGACGGCUGUGGAAAGAAGGAGAACCCCACCCAGCAACUCAGAGCAGAAAGCAGGGGCAGUGGAUACAACAGUGGUGGUGGCUGCUCCAGGGGCGAUGGCUGCUCCAGGGGCGAUGUCUGCUCCAGGGGCAAUGGCUGCUUCAGUGGGGACGGGUACUCCAGUGGCGAUGGGCACUCCAGUGGCAGUGGCAGCGUCAGGGGGGCAGCCGGGCAGCAAGGGAGGAGGCGACAGCAAGCAGCGGCGCACCUCGCCUCUGCCUCGGUUCCUUGGAUCCCCCAUCGCAAGCUUGUUCAAGAGCCCCAAGCGAUCCAGCAAGAAAGCACAGGAAGCCCAUGCGACGGAGAGCAAGACGCCAGAGACUGCAGCAAAGGGCCGCUCAUCAUCAUCAGCAGAGCAGCAGCAGCAGCAGGAGGAGGAGGAGCAGGAAAGCUACCAAGAGGCAGUACCAACUCCAGCGGCUGAAAGCCCCACUCUUCCCAGGAGGAGCCUCUUCAAAGCAAGCCUUCCCAAGGCCGACCUUUUCAAGGUGGACCUUCCAAGGGCAGAGCUAUCCCAGCCAGAGUUCCCCAAGGCGGCCCUCUUCAGCAGCAGCGAGCAGUCUGGAGCGACCUCGUCCUCUGAAGUGGGCAUGUACACUGCGCCCGCCUCGCCUGAGGAGGGGGAGGGGGAGGGCGAGAGUAGGAGUAUUCUCGCCCAGAAGGCGGAGGGUGUGGGCCAGCGGUCCAUUGGCGCGUCUGGCAGGGGCAUGUUCACUGCGCCUGCUUCCCCUGAGGCAGAGGAGAGGGGGGGGGAGGAGAGGGUGGCGGGAGCAGGGGAGGUGACUCCUCCUGGGAGUGGGGAGAAGCAGGUGGUCGGGGCAGAGGGGGCGAAGGCGGAGGCCCUGGACCCGUUUAUGCGGAAGGUGCUUGAGGCAGAGGCGCUGGGAGUGGUUGCUCUUGAGAAGAAAGGAGGAAGGGUGAGGAAUUCGCCAUUAAUGACCAAGGAGCCGUCACCACCCAAGAACCCCUGGUCACCGGUGCGCAAGGCUGAGGUGCGCAAGGCUGAGGUGGGUCCCUAUGACUGCACCAAGAGGUCCCUUGCUGCCUCGCUGGACAGCUUCUCCCUCCCUGCAAGCAGCGGCGGCAUUGGGAGCUUCUCGUCUAGGGGCAAUGGCGGCAGUGGUAGCAGUGCUGCGUUUCACAGUACGGGGCAUGCUGGCAUGCGCAUGUCUUAUGGGCAGUAGGAAACUUUCAUGGCCAUAGAGUAAGCAGGUUAGUACAGUAAGAAGCAUGGGUAUUUAGUGAUGUGGAGAUGCAUGCUAUAGGACUACCUUAGAUCAUGGCAAGAUGACCAUGGGUCAUGAUGAGACACCUUGUCUCUCGUCCUACAGUAGUUGGUCUCUUUUGCUAGCUCCCUGGAACUUUUUGGCUUUGGUGCACAAGCUUUGGUUUCUUUCACUGCAA